AUGAACCUAUACAACAAUAGUAAUAGUAGUGGUAGUAGUAAUAGUAGUAGCAGCAGUAACAAUAAAACUAAUAUUGACUAUAAUGAUAUAAAUAAUAAUGAUAUCUUAACUCCCAAAGGAUAUCACACAAGUAUAUAUAUAGACGAUAAUGAUUUAAAUAAUAAUCAAAUUAUCAACAAAAAUAAUAACAACAACCAUAAUCGCAAUAAUAAUAAUAAUAAUAAUAAUAACAAUAACCAUAAUAACCCGAAGAAAAUGGUAAUAAAUUUAAAUCCAUCUGGAAUAUUUAUACCUUUAAUGAAUGAUUUUGAUGAUGAUGAUGAUGACGAACAAGAAAGUUUAAUAAAAAAUAAUAAAAUUACAAUACCAACAAUAAAUUCACAAAUAGCGAUACCAAUAUUAAAUAAUAACGAUAAUAAUAAUAAUAGUAAUAAUAAAACUGAACAAACAACAACAACAACAACAAUAAUAAAGAAUACAACGAUUUUUAAUAAUAAAACUAUUUCAUUUGGUAGAAUUGGAUUUAGGUCAAUUGUAAUAUUUUUAAUAUUAGUACCAUAUAUUUAUAUAUUGAAUUUUGCAAUAUUUCCAUGGACAGUUAAUUAUGAAACAGAAAGAAAGGGUAAAAUUCAUAGUUUCAUAUCUAUGGCAUUGGUGAUUCAAAUGUUAUGUAAUUAUUAUUUAUGUUCAACUACUGAUCCUGGUAGUUUCAAAGACACCAUAUCACCAUCAUACUAUCUAUUACAUCCAAUCUCUUCAACCGAUUCAAAUGAUCAUAAGAAAUGGUGUAACAAAUGUAAUCAUCAAAAACCAGAACGAGCUCAUCAUUGUAGAUAUUGUAAUAGAUGUGUACUAAGAAUGGAUCAUCAUUGUCAAUGGUUACAAAAUUGUAUUGGUUUAUUUAAUCAAAAAUAUUUUGUACUCUUUUUAUUCUAUACUUCAAUAUCAAUUAUUUAUUUCUUUACUUUAUUAAUUAAAAGAUCAAUUGAAUUAGUAACAAAAUAUACAAUGGAAAAAACAUUACCAAGUUUUGAUUUAUUACAUUUAUUUUUAUUAGGAAUUUUAAUUAUUAUUUUAAUUAUAGCUGGUAUUUCAAUAAUGGCAUUGCUUUGGACUCAAAUAGCAUUAAUUAGUAAAGGUUUAACAACGAUUGAACAUGAAGAUAAAAAAAGAAAAUAUCAACAACCAAAUUAUUUAAAUUUAUAUAAAAAGUAUGAUAAAGGUUCAAUAAUUUCAAAUUUCUCAAUUGUAUUUGGAAAUUUAUCUUUUUUAUGGUUAUUACCAACCAUACCAAAUAAUUUAAAAAUAACUUCAAAAAAAGGUGACAUUUUUAUAGUUUAA